CUAAAGUACUUAAAGUCUUAAUUUCUUCCCCAGUGACGUGCACAAGACAUGCCUUCACAUUUUUUGUCUCAAAAUCAUAAUUGAAACUAGUGUAUGAGUAAUGUGCACACUUCACAAUGAAAUAUUCCCCUAAUAUUAUUACAAUAAAGAAAUAACUGCAUGUACGUCAUUGUCAUCCAUCUAAAAGACGUGAGAGGGAGGGAGGGAGGGGGGAGUGAGAGGGGUUGGGGUUGGAUGCAUAGGUUGAUGAGUGAACCAGUGACUAGGUUUACAGAGAGAACAAAAAGAGGAAACCAGAGCCUGCUCUGCAACACAACAACACUUACAACUUCAGCAUUUGGCUGCAACAUAACUCUUCUAACAGAAAGAAAACAACAAGGAAACUAACAGGAUUGGAAACUCUGUCCAGAUCUGAGGUGGAGCUCAUCUUGACCCUCCUGUGCAGCGCAAACCAGCCAACUCGUUCUGUUAGUUUCAAGUGAAAAUGCUCUGGUUGACUCUUGCCGUGGCUGUGGUGUGUGUCGGUGGCAUCUGCAACUGUGGGAAGGCGGACCUGAUGGACAGGUUGAUCCUACCGAGGGACUACGGCGUGAAACUGUGCGGGAGAGAGUUCAUCCGAGCGGUCAUUUUCACCUGCGGCGGCUCCCGGUGGAGACGAUCCACGGAGGCGGACAAAGAUCCCUUCAGGUGGAGUUCCCUCAGUGAUGUUACAGUGGAGGACAACCAGCACACCUGGCAGUCCGGCCCAGAGCUCACAGCAGACGAUCUUUCUCCUCUCAGAGUCGGCCACGCUCACUCCCUGGCAGACCUGCUGGCUCUAUACGGGGCCAGAGGGGACCGGCAGCAGCAGCUGUCGCUGACUGACUUGGCCCUUCGUUCGUCCACAGUUUUAGGCGAGCGAGACGGUAGCCGAGCAGCAGCUGACGGGCCCAUACACAGCAAGAUGAAGAGGAACUUUUCUCUGGGUGUGGCGGGAAAGUGCUGUAACCACGGCUGCAGCAAGAAUGAUAUCGGACGCUUGUGUUGAGGCACGGAGGAGUGGGGGGGUAGGAGGAGGAGGAGGAGGGAUUGGGGAGGGACGGUGUCCACAGUCGUGGAGAGACGUAGGAGGAGAGUUCACAUCUGCUCUUUAAUAGGCUAGAAGUAGCCUCAAAUUUUCUUUAUUCCCUUUACUUGAUAUUUUGUUUUUAAAAAAAAAAAAAAUCAUGUUCUGUAUGUACGGUAUUAUCACUCUUUCAGCGUCAUUGAAAAUAAAUUUUAAAUGCUGUGUUAAUA